AUGGACAAUUCCCUGACAAGAGAUACAAAUCCAUUGUCUGUUAAUGCUUAUAACAAAACUACAUUAACAUUUUUGUCCAUUAAAUUUGAAGGUCGCCCAGACCCACCCAAAGACUUUGCAAAUGGAGUCACAGAUACAAGUAUUACAGUUGAAUGGAAAGAAGGAUUUGACGGCGGUUAUGAACAAACAUUUUAUAUAAAGGUCAACAAGAAAAAAGAGAAGAAGGUCGAUUCUAAAUGUAAAAUUGGAAAUAUUUGGUCAUAUACGUGCCAAGGUUUGGAACCUGGUACAAAGUAUAAUAUUGAGAUAACGGCUAAGAAUUGUAAGGGCUCUUCAAAACCCUGUCAUCUCAAAUAUAGAACAGAAGGCAAACCGGACCCACCAACUAAAUUCAGAAUUGCAAAACAUGGCAUCACAGACAAAAGUAUUAUGGUGGAAUGGGAACCAGGAUAUGACGGCGGUUUAAGUCAAACAUUUUUUGUUUUCUACAAGGGAAUAGAGCAUGAAGUCAGGUCAUCACCUACAAAUGGAAGUCCUUAUUCAUUUAAGUGCGAAAAUUUGAAACCUCGUUCUACAUACACAAUCGUAUUAUAUGCAAAAAACAUAAAAGGGAAUGCAGAUUCUUGUAUUCUAAAAGAUUGUAAAACGAAAGAGUUCACAUCACUUUGCGGUAAAUGCAAGACAAGACCCAUGUUGAGCACUUUUGUGUUUCCUGGGCUGAAUCGCUGUGGCUUUACCAUGGUUAUAUCAGGUUGA